GAUUUGUGUUGGUUGGAAGGAAUUAUUUCCUAUAGAUGUCUGUUUGCGAUAUCAUAUUCGCGAUCGUUAGAGUUUUUAUUUACCAUUCAUCCUAAUGAGAGCCAUUGUUCAGCGUGUCACACAGGCAAGUGUUUCUGUUGAUGGUGAAGUUAUUAGUUCCAUUGGAAAAGGACUCUGUGUUUUAUUGGGAAUAUCAAAGUAUGACACUCCCAAAGACAUUGAAUAUAUGGUGAGAAAAAUUCUGAACUUAAGAGUCUUUGAUGAGAAUGAUCAAAGAUGGAAGAAGUCUGUUGUAGAUAAAAAUUUUGAAGUACUGUGUGUGAGUCAGUUCACACUACAAGCAGUUCUAAAGGGAAAUAAACCAGAUUAUCAUCUUGCAAUGGGUGGUGAACAGAGUAAGGCUUUUUAUGGUGACUUUCUUCAAGCAAUGAAAUCGGCCUACAAACCUGAUGCCAUUAAAGACGGAAAAUUUGGAGCGUACAUGCAAGUUCACAUUCAGAAUGAUGGUCCAGUUACAAUAUCCCUAGAAACGCCACCGCCAAAACCAAUGCAACAAAAACAGGUCAAAGGAACUUCAGGUGCUUCAAAAUCAGCUCCCAUAACUGGGGAUGAGGGUUCUACGAACAGUUUACCCGAUUCAGAAAAUCACAGUUCGCCAAUCGAUGCUGAACAAAAGAUAGACAAAUUUGACGAUCUCAACCUGGACGAAAAACGAGGAAGUACGUGACGCUGGGUCAAUUCCAAACCACAACUGAAAAUCUUGUAUCUAAUCAUGACGCCACAGAUUUGCUUUACAUUUGUUCGGCAUAAAUGUUGUCAGUUUUAAACGUCUAAUAUUUCAGUACAAAUUAUAUAUUUAUGUACUUUACUGUACAAAAAAAAUAUAGCUGUUGUCAUUGUAGUGCCCAGAUUUUCGUUCUCAAAGGUAGUUGUUGCAAAUAGAUCGUAUCCUUUUACAUUUUCCGUUAGGAUAUCCUCAUAUAUAUGUUACAUAGGUAAUACUGCUGUCCUUGUUUUUAGAAUUGCCCAGUUGGAACUAAGGUCCUUGCUUACACCUCAUUUCACCCCUCGUGCAUAAAAAUAUCAAUUCGGAACUGCCCUUGUCACGGUUGCAUGCAUAACGCUUUGCGAACGGAUAUACAGUAAUUUUAGUUUGGUUUGGUUUGGCUUGGUUUUUGUGAGCUAGGUAGCGUUUCGAAACAUAAUGUACUUGAAUUUGAAAGCUUGUGUUCGUUUCCUUUAAGACGAAUAGAUUUAGGUGCUGCGACUCAAUAUCCCCUUGGAAUACCGGAAGUCCAGUAGUAAAAAUGUAAAAAGGUGAUGGAGAGGUAUAUUUUACUCACCGGUCCUUUUGUACCGGAAGUAAACGUUGG